AUCCGGAUAUAGAUUUCGUUAUGGAUGAAACAACGGUGACUUUAUGCCCCAUCCGACAUUUUUCUGGAAUCAUAAAAGCCAGUGAACAUUGUGUGCAUCCGCUUCGGGUGUUUGUCCUUAUGGAGGCCCUGCUUUUCUUUAAAAAUACAAUGUAAGAAUAUAAUGGUCGCAGAAAUAUUUAUGCUUUUGAUUACAGUUUGAGAUUUUAAACUGGGAGUCCAUGGUAAAGUCCGAGUAAAAUGAAACCAUGUCCCAAGUAAAAUUAGUUUCAUUUCGCAAUGUUUCAAACAUGUUAAAAUUAUGAAAAUCUAUAAAAAGGUAUUUACAUAUAAAAUCACAUUUAUUCAUUAAAAGGAACAUUUUCCCGUUAAUUAAUACAAGAGUAGUUUUGGCGAAAAUCAAGAUCUAACAAGACACCGACGUACAAAAUAUCAUGGCGACACAGCGGAUCUUCUUUUAAAUUAAAAUAUAUUCUGUCGCGUGAAGCAUUAACGACUUUAAUAACACUUAAUGUAACAAAGUGUCACAUACAUAUUGCCUAUACAUUACACUAAUUACAAUUAAAAGAACAUCAUAAUAAUCUUGUUUCUUUAAUUCUUUAAUCCGCUUAUAUAUAAAGCACGGCGCCCACAUCUCGAGACGGAAGGACAUUGCUGCAUUAUCAAAGGUAUAUAUAACCAGAAAAAAGUAUCUGAAAAUUAAUUCGUUUAAAUCAUCAGCACUGAGAACUCGAAUUUUAUCUCCUAAGUUUUGACAAAGAUUUCUGUUCUCAGGGUCAUAUGACACUCUAAAGACAUCUCUAAAUAGGAAUCAAAACACUCUUAAAUUUUGUGGGCGACAUCUCAAAAAUCGAAUUAGUUUAAGUGAUAACAUUGCGAUUUGGAGAGAAAGUUUAAAUCCCGCUAAAUCUGCGGAUUUAGAUUCAUAAAUUGUGUUACCGAUUGCGUUACAGUACCAUAGGGAUAACUUUCAUUGCUGGAAUGAUACCGGUAUAUCACAGCAAUAAGUACGAAUGUUUGUGAUUUUUUAAAAUUAUUUAACAAUUUAGACAUUUUGUGACAAUGAAUAGUGCAAUAUUUGGACUUCUACUGGUGCAAAGUUUUUGCACAUCAUCUGUAGCUGCUAUUGAGGGUAAAAAUGUUUUGCCGAUGUCUAUCUCGGACUACACUGGAAACUCUGCAGGAAAAGAGCUAGACGGUACUGGAAUUAAAAACUUUGACAUUAGUAGAAAGGAAGGAUCGUUGUUAUUAGAUCUCGUGCGAAAUGGCGCGCUACAACUGCAAGCAGAAGACAUUGACCAACGUGAGGUAAAGGACAUCAAAAGGGAUAAGGUGUACACACAUUUGAUUCAAAAUGGCGGGAUUCGAACCGACUUCACCAAACCAUCCAUUGGAUUCAUGCUACAGGUUUUCGAGAAUUUAUUAGAUGGUGAAGACUUAGAUACAGCAGUCGGACACACGGAUGGACGCACAAGAAAUGCUAUUCUUUAUUCUGAUACUGUCAGAAGCUUUACCGCAAAAAGAUACAAAGAAGAGCAUGUUAUCUUCAGCAUCCCGUCUUUGCCAAAGCAUGAACACAUCACUAUGGCUGAAGUUCGUAUCCAUAGCAACAAGAAUACAAACAGACGACAGCGUUUUGUGUUGCUGGUAAGGCGCGAGAAAACGACCCUGGAAAAAGUCUCACUGAAAGCAACAAAACGGAACAGUUUCAUAUAUAUUCCUGAGAAAAUAAUUACACGUAUGAACCGUUUCCAUGGAAAUAUUUCAAUUGUAUUACGCGAAAAGACGAAAAAGGGCAAAUCAACAGUUAAAGGAAACACACCAAUAUUAGUAAUAUAUUCAUCCGAUAAUGGAUUUAUGAAAUCCGUUUACAAAAGUUACACGUCAACUGAAAAUUCAAAUGGUAACCAUGACAAUAACGACACAACAAUGAGAAGCAGACGAUCAACCAGAAAUGAUCAACAAAAGAAAAAGGGCCGAAGGAGAAAGAAUAAAUGGUCUAACCGGGAAGCAGAACCGUGUAAAAUGCACGACUUUAAAGUAGACUUUGAUCUCAUAGGCUGGGGCCAAUGGAUAAUCCAUCCAAAAACAUUUAAUGCACGUGUAUGCUACGGGCAAUGUCCUUCGCCAAUAGGCCACGAGUUUACGCCAACAAAUCAUGCAAUGCUGCAGACAUUAAUGAAAAUGAAGCGCCCCAGUUCGGCGCCUGAACCAUGUUGUGUGCCAACUAAACUACGCCCACUAAGUAUGUUAUAUUUUGAAUAUGACGACAUAGUAGUACGUCAUCACGAGGACAUGAUAGUUUCAGAAUGUGGUUGUCGGUGAAACAUUUAUGUAUAUAAAGUAAUAGCCUACAUGUUUCCUUUCGUGACAAAAAUGGCACCAAAUUAUGACACGUGUACCGAAAUUAAUGUUACACCAUGUUUUAGACCUUUUCAUGACACCUGUGGACAUUUAAAUCACAUAUGACUAUUGGCAGAGCUUGUCUUAGAGACCAGGACACAGAUUUAUCACAAAAAAUGUUAACUCAAACAUAACACACUAUUAAAAUGUUUGUGUAAAUGAAAAACUACUUCUCAAUAAAUGUAUGUGAAGAAGGGCAUAUGUCUUGUAUGUCAUCUGUAACUGGAAUGUAUCAUAAUGUGAAUUCUACAGAUUAUAGUGCUAAGUACUUUGUUAUUUCUGUUGUGUACUGUAGUAGUGUCAAUGUAUUCAACAGUCAUUGUUACAUCUGUGUAUAUUUUGUUGUUUCAUAAAUACAAGAAA